AUGCAUUUGCUUUCGAAUCUGGUGCUAAUCAUCCUCUUGAUCUGUUUGUUCGGAUCUUUUCUUAAAGAAACUUCCUCUCAAAGUUUACAGAACGAUGAUCUUAUUAUAAUUGAACAAAUUAACAAUGAAGCUGCCAACGGAAUCGAGGGCUCCGACUCUACGGAACAAAUCAAAUCGCUCCAGAUGUCAAUAGAUACCUUAAAUAACAUCAUCGUAGAGGCCAGAGCGGACCGAGCCUCUCUCAACGAGAUUAAAAAUCAAAUGGUCGAAUGGCAUAACAUAAUUGUGUCUAUAGAACAGAAAAACUUGGAAGCUGAUAAUCUUCUGAAGACGCAGCUCGACCUCAACGACACAUGGAGAAGCUAUAACGAGAGAAUAGCCAAUAAAGAGGCAGAUGUUGAGAAGCUGAAGCAGGAAAUUGAAGUCCUCCAGAGAAAGGCCCAGGAGGAUGCCGUAACUAUUAGGGAGCUCAGGGAACAGCUGGAGACGCAGACACUUCUCGCUGCAGAGUGCCUGGAAUGGUUCCAACAGAGCGGAGUCCAGCCUUCCGGAUGUUUGCUUGUCGGUCAGAGAACGGCCAUACAGACCAUUCAGAUUCCAGGAAUCCAUGAUCCCUUCUCAGUUCUUUGUGAUGCCGAUAUUGUCGGACCCGGUUGGACAGUCAUUCAGAGACGCCUGGACGGCUCGGAGGAUUUCUACAGAAACCUAAGCGAUUACCGAAUGGGCUUCGGAAACUUGACUGGGGAGUUCUUCAUUGGCCUGGACAAGCUCCACCAGCUAACGAAACUCCAGCAGCACGAAUUGUUUGUGCGCCUCCAGUUCUUUAAUGGAUCCACCAAGUUUGCCCGCUACGACAACUUCCUGUGGAAGUGCACCAAACGCUCUGGUGUGGAAUCUCAAUCGAAGGUUUAG